AUGGCCGCUGCGGUCGGGGACGGCGCGGUGAAACCGCUUCAAUGCGCCAUGAAGCUGGCCAACGGGGCCAUCGAGCUGGACACCGGCAACCGGCCCCGGGAGGCAUAUACAGAAUACCUGAGGAGCGUCCACUACAUCUCCCAGGUGCUGCUAGAAGAAGUGGAGACCUCCAAAGAAGCUGGGGAGACUGUGACCCCUGACACCUCGAAGAUGCUGAAGCUGGCUGAGCAGUGUCUGGAGAGGGCCCAGUCGACAGCUGCCAAACUUGGGAAAACAUGCCUGAGGCCAGCCAUGCCUGUGGCUGCCCCCGUCCCCUCUCCUACCAGCCGACACCGCCGGGUGUACUCAGAUGAGGGAGGGAAGCUCUCUCCAUUUCUGCCGCCUGAGAUCUUCCAGAAGCUUCAGGCUGUAGAGUCACAAAGCUCUAAGAAGGAGCUGACACCCCUGGAGGAGGCCUCCCUGCAGAAUCAGAAGCUGAAGGCUGCCUAUGAGGCCCGGAUGGCCCGUCUGGACCCCAGCCAGGCCAUGCAGAAGACAUCCCUGACCCUGUCCCUGCAGCGGCAGAUGAUGGAGAACCUGGUGAUCGCUAAAGCCCGGGAGAAGACACUGCAGAGGAAGAUGGAGGAGCGCCGGCUGCGACUCCAGGAGGCCGCCAACAGGAGGUUCUGCAGCCAGGUUGCCCUGACCCCCGAGGACCGGGAGCAGCGGGCCCUCUACGCCGCCAUCCUCGAGUACGAGCAAGACCACGACUGGCCAAAGCGCUGGAAGGCCAAGCUCAAGAGGAGCCCAGGGGACCUGUCCCUGGUGACCAGCCUGGUCUCCCACCUGCUCAGCGUCCCCGACCACCCCAUCUCACAGCUCCUGAAGAAGCUCCAGUGCGCUGUGUACCGGGCGCUGUACCCCAUCGUGAGCAGGGGCGCUGCCUCGGCCCUGGGCUGCCGUUCCCUGCCCCCCGACGCCGACGGGCUGCUGGCUCCUGGAAGCCGGCGGCUCCGGCCCUCUCAGAGCCUCUACUGCAUGCCCUCCCCCCCCGAGCCCAGCCCAGCCCAAAGGCCCACAGACGGCGCCUCCGCCAGCGCCCCCAUCCCCCCACCCCACCCCGGCAACCCGGACAGAGGGGCAGACGGCAGCCCCACGGGGCCUCCCUCACCCCUGGCGGACACUUCAUCCGACCUGCCGGGCAACGACAGCUCCUUCGGGGACCUGGAACAGUUCUUGGCUACUCCUGAGAGAAGGGGCCGGGGCCCUGGGGGGCAGCCUGAGCCCCAGCCCCCAGGGGUGAGGAAGGAGCCGUUGCUGGAGCAGCUGAAGGGCACCGUGCAGGACAUACACGACGCCAUCGACAGGCUGCUCUCGCUGACCCUCCUGGCUUUUGAAGGCCUGAACACGGCCGCCUCCAAAGACCGCUGCUUGGCCUGCAUCGAGGAGCCCUUCUUCUCCCCGCUGUGGCCCCUGCUGCUGGCCGUGUACAGGAGCGUUCACCGCCUGCGGGAGGCCGCCCUGAGCAGGAGCAUGGAGCUGUACGGGAACGCGCCCCCGGCGGCCGUCGGCGUCCCCACCAAGCUCCUCCCCCGGGACCCCGAGGCCACGGCGGGCGGCGCCUACCCCUACUGUGCUGCCGCCCAGGAGCUAGGGCUGCUGGUCCUGGAGAGCUGCCCCCAGAAGAAGCUGGAGUGCAUUGUGCGGGCCCUGCGGGUCACCUGUGCCUGCGCGGAGGACUACUCCCGGGCUCGCGAGGCUGCGCCCCAGCCGGGCAUCGCCGCCAUUGGCGCCGACGACCUGCUGCCCAUCCUGUCCUUUGUGGCGCUGAGGAGUGGCCUCCCCCAGCUGGUGUCGGAGUGUGCAGCCCUGGAGGAGUUCAUCCACGAGAGGUACCUGAUCGGAGAGGAGGGUUACUGCCUGACGUCACUGCAGAGCGCCCUGAGCUACGUGGAGCUGCUGCCCCGGCGGGCCCUGGGCAAGUAGCAGAGGACGGGCUGGCCAAGGACUGGCCCAGAGGCACCUGCAUGGGGCGGUGGGCUGGCCGAGGUGGGGCUCUCGCCCCCGCCUGACAUCAGCCCCUAGGGCUCAAGGAGGCCCCUCUGCUCCGGAUAGGAUGGGGCUGACCCGAGUCAGCUCCCAGGAACCAGGCCCUUCUCUUUCCUGUCCCCACCUGUGAGAGGCCCCGUGCAGGGAAACUGGGCGCCCCUGGGGCCUGCACACUCCAACGGCUCAGUCCGCUGACACCCUGCAGGCCCCGCAAGCCCAAGGACAGAGGGGCCAUGGGCCUGACCGAGGGCAGGUCUGCUUCUCUCCCUUCCCGUCCCCCGUGACACGCGGAGCUCCCUGAACCAGGUUCUUGUCUGAGUCGAGAAGAGAGCCUGUCACCCCACAAGAGGCCUGGGGCCCAGGGGGGUUUAGACUGUGCUGUUUAUUGGUCACUGAUCACUCUGUCCUGAAGACCCAGGUGUCCCCAGGGCACCUGCCCAUGUGUGGGAGCUCUGAGCCACACUCCCACCCUUGGCAAUGGGCACGGACAUCCUGAGACCGCUGGCGAAUCCCCACGCCCACUCGGCCACUUCAGGGUCGGUGUGAACCCAAGGGUCGGCGCCUGCCAGGAGCCCCACCACCUGCCCACCCUGACUGUUACAGGCCCCUGGGCAACCACUGACCCAGCUGGAAAUAAAGAGGUCACUGGUGUCUCCGUCAGCACGGCUCACCUGCUCCCCGUCCCACUGGCCGGGCGGAGGCCUGGGCAGCACAGCCACUCCCAGCCAACCAGCCAGAGCCAGAGGGUCCCAGAGGCCCCUGGGGCCAUCGCCAAGCCCAGCCCACCUCCCAGACCUCUGCCCAGGAGUGGGAUCCGUGGGGCUGCUCCUUCUAGCACUGGACACACUCUGGGGGGCCUAGCAGGUUGGCAGGGUCAGAGGUCAUCACUAGGCAGGAUCUGAGCCCGGACCACUCCUCCCGAAGGGUUCCCAGGAGUCAUGUUGUUCUCCAGGUGGGGAACACAUGCAGGUGGCCCGGCCCCAGCCCCAGGCAGCAUCUGUCACCAUGGCAGAAAGUGGUGUGGGAGCAGCGUGUGGGUCCCUGGGGAAGGCCCAGCUGGACCUGACUGUGUGUUCUGUGCACGCAGUGUCCCAAGGCUGUGCGGGAACCUCAUGAGGAAAGUGAGGCACAGAAGGGGAAACGCCUUCUCCAGGCCACAGCUCCCGGUGGCAGAGCUCUCUUCGAGCCCAGCACGUUGACUCCGGAGGCCAGAGGGGGCCGGGGACGUGACCCCAAGGGAAGGCCAACCCGAGUUCCGGGGGCAGCUGCCUCUUUCGGGAGCCUUUGUGGGCAGGGAUCCCCUGCCCACCAGCACCCCAGGAACGACAGGCAGGCACCCGCCUGCUCACCCUGCCCUGCCCUCAAAGCUCUCAGUCCCUGAGUCCCUGCCCUCUCCAAAGGAAGCCCCCCAGUCCUGGACACGAGGCCCAGCCAGCCAUGAAGCCUGGGGAGGAUGACCCCCUGCUCCAGGCCUUGGCAGUCUCAAGGAUGGGAUUUUAAGCCCCUUUUCAUAGAGCAGGUGGACGAUGGAGCGAAGCCUGACCGUGGGCGCUCCUGCUGGCUUUGGGGAGCUCUCUGGAGGCGCUGAUCAGACGGCCUUCCUGCUGCUGGCUCUGGGCCAGUCCUUCAGCCUCUCCCAGCCUACAGCCUUUCGUAAGACGGUGAGUGAUGGAUUCUUCACACAGAAAAUCCUCCAGAUCAACACGAAAAAAGCAGGAGCCCCAGUCAGGAAAAUAGCAAAGGCUGUGAACAGGCUGUCUUCAGAAGAACUUUAAAAAGCUCAUCAGCAUAAGAAGAGGUGUUUAAAGUCAUUUUUAAAAUCAAGAAAUGCAAAUUAAAACACUUACAAGACAGACCUUCCCUUGCGCUGAACUGGUGAAGAUGAGAAAGCUGGAUGAGGAGGAGAGGGGUGUUGCCUGGGAGACUGGACUCAGCCGCGCAGUGUGCUGGGCGGUGGUCCAGGGAGCUGCGGUCCUGGCCAAGGUAGGUAUUAACUGACCCUGCCACCCAUCUGCUCCGCCCGGCUAUAGCCCAGGGUCACAGAAGGACCCCUACGCAGCUGGCGCUGAGGCAGUGUGGCAUCCGCCCCCCUGCUGUGUAACAAGCCAGCCCACUCACUGGCUUAAACAUGCGACAGCCAUUUGCUUUGCUUGUGAAACUCCCACCUCGGCAGGGUUCAGUGGGGACAUCUUGUCUCUGCCCCACCUGCAGCAUCAGCUAAGUCAGCUUCCAAGUUGGGGUGACCCAAGAUCGAGGGGUUGGAGUCAUCUGGAGAUUGGUCUACACGUCUGCUAUCAGCGAGGGCCUCGGCUGUGGGAACAGCCGUGGCGUGGGAGGCCUGCAUUCGUUUCCUGUAACUAGCUACUGGGGAGCUUAAAACAACAAAAAUUUACUCCCAAAGUCCUGAAGUCUGAAGUCAAGGCGUCCACAGGGCCGUGGCCCAGCAGAGUGCUAGACGAGAACCCUUUCCUGCCUCGUCCAGCUCCGGGGGCUUCUGCAGUCUCUGCCUGUAGCUGCAAGCCUCUGCAUCCAUCAUAUGCCUCCUCCCGAAGUACGUAACCUUGCUCCUUACAAAGACGUCAUUCUGACAGGGGUUAGGGUCCACCCUAAUCCAGUCUGACUUAGUCUUAACUUGAUUAUAGCUCCAAAGAUCCUAUUUCCAAAUAUGUUCACAUUCCCGGGUUCCAUGGAGUUUGGACAUUAUUCAGCCUUCAUUAUUCGGCCCCUUCAUGCAGCUGCUUUCCUCCCAGUAUGUGGCUAGGUCCCAAGAUUGAGCGUCUCAAGACAGCAAGGCAGUUUUAUGACUUAAUCUGGAAAGCCAUGCAACGUCACUUCCAUUCAACGGGUCUUCUAUGGGACUACUCCUCUAAGGGAGGACGGUGCAAAGACCUGCUCAGGUUCGAGUGGCACACUGAGACAGAGCCAUGCUCCCUGGAGUAGCACACAACAGUUAACAGCAAACACCUGGGGCCACGCAAACAGCACUCAGAGCAGGAGCGGAGAAGCAGGGCUGGAUACAGAGCAGAACGUCGGAUCCGGUGCCUGGAAGCGACUCUGACCUAGGCAGAAAAGCGCCUUCACGCCGCCUCAAAGAGGCCCGGGUUGCUGAUUUGUUGGGGUUUUUUGGUGGGGGGAGGAGGGUGCGGCGCCCCCAGCAGUGGGAGCGCGGAGUCCUAACGACUGGACCGCCAGGAAAGUCUCCUGAGGUUGCAGUUUUAAAUGACGCUGAAACGCCCGGCCGGCUUCCACCUGGAGCACUGGCCCCGCCAGAGGGCGGCUCGACCCCUCCCUCCCUCCCGUAUCUGGUCAAUCCCGUUAGGCAACGAGAAGGGUCCUGUCCCUGUUGGGGUAGCCCCGCCCCCAGGAGAUUGCCCCGCCUCGCGUCCGGUCCCCGCUCCCGGCAGGCGCACGAAGAGCCACGGUACCUGCUUCCUCGGCACCCUGGCGCUCCCGAGGGUCCAGCUUAGGAGGUCGGCGCCCGCCUCGGUGGGAGCGUCCGCGGUGUGCCCCCUGUCCUUGGCUCCGCAGUCUGUGGAGGUUCGUGCUCCCGGGCCCUCACCAGGCCCCGCCCCGUCCGCGUUGGCGGAGGGGGCGGUGCCCGAAGAGACCCCGCCCCUAACGUCACGGCCGAGGGGUGGAGCCGGCCCGACGGAAGCGAGGUGCUGCUGGAGAGGCCCGAACAGAGCAGCGGGCGCUCGGGGACUGCUGGUGAGAGACAGCAUGGGCAGCAGCUCGCUGUCCGAGGACUACCGUCUGUGCCUGGAGCGCGAACUUAGGCACGGCCGCGCGGGCGUGUGCGGGGACCCAUCGCUACGCGCCGUGCUCUGGCACAUCCUGGUGGAAGACUUCGACCUGCAUGGGGCGCUGCAGGAUGACGCGCUGGCACUACUCACCGAUGGUCUGUGGGGCCGCGCCGACCUGGCCCCUGCGCUACGCGGCCUGGCCCGCGCCUUCGAGCUGCUGGAGUUAGCCGCCGUGCACCUGUAUCUGCUGCCUUGGAGGAAAGAGUUCACCACCAUCAAGACUUUCUCAGGGGGCUACGUGCACGUGCUGAAGGGCGCACUCUCGGAGGACCUCCUCAUCCAGAGCUUCCAGAAGAUGGGCUAUGUGCGCAGGGACGACCACCGCCUUAUGGUGGCUGCCCUGCCCCCCGCCCGCCAGCUUGUGCAGGUGGCCCUGGGCUGCUUUGCCCUGCGGCUGGAGUGUGAGAUCCUGGGCGAGGUGCUGGCGCAGCUGGGCACCAGCAUGCUGCCAGCCGAGGAGCUGCUGCAGGCACGGCGGGCCAGCGCGGAUGUGGCCUCCUGCGUGGCCUGGCUGCAGCAGCGACUAGCCCGCGAAGAAGAGCCGCCACCUGUUCCCCCCCGUGGCUCCCCGGCCCGGUGCCAGGCCCGGCUGGACCUGUACCGGGACCUGCAGGAGGAUGAGGGCUCAGAUGAGACCAGCCUAUACGGGGGACCCUCGCCAGGCCCCGACUCACCCCCCUCGGAGCUAGCCUGCCAGCCUCUGUUCUGGGAGCAGAGCGCCAGACUGUGGGGCGUGGGGGGCGGGGCCUGGGAGGCUGAGGCCAGCAGCCCGGCCUCGGAGGAGGAGCCCGAGGCCGAGGCCUUCUCCCUCCUCUCACUGCGCCAAGAGCUGCUCAGUCGGCCCGGAGACCUGGCCGCCCCCCAAGCCCCUGGAGCCCCUGAGCAGGCCAGCCCCCCACGAGUCCCCGAGCCCCCCGGCUACCAGACACACAGCUGCCUGGGCCCUGGCGCCCUCCCCACCCUCUGCUGUGACACGUGUCGCCAGCUGCACACUUCCCACUGUGCCACCCUGGCCACCUGCCGCCCGGGCCACCCUUUGCGCGCCCUGCACGGAAACCACCAGCGGCGCCUGUGGCUGCAGCGAGCCCAGGUGGACACCUUGCUCUACGAUGCCCCUAGGCCCGCCUGGCCCUAGGCCCAGGGCUUUCUGGAGACAUGUUCCGUGGUGCUUUUCUGGGCCUCAUCCCUCCUCAGACCCGGGCCACUGGCCACCCUGCCCCUCCUGCCCCCCAGGGGUGCUGAGCACAGUGGCAGGUCGGGGGGCAUGGAGACUCAACCCCGCUACGUGAGAGGUGGGGGCCGUCUUCCUCGGAAAGCUGCCGGCCCGCCCCCAGGGAGCACCCUCUCCCUCCUCUCCCACCCCUCCCCGGCCCCACCACUGGCCCCAGCGCCGCAGCUCCUGACCUGCUCCCUGCAAGUGCCCAAAGGGGUGCUCCACAGAGGAGUGUCCUUGGGGGCUCAGGUGACCUCAUGAGCCCCGGAGCUUUGCUAAGACCAUUCUAGGGGCUCUGCCAGGUGCAUGGCUGACCCGGCUGAGGGGACCUGGUCCCCCAUGGGUGUCACAGACCAGCACUGAAUGAGCUGAGUGCUGGCCUGAGACCAGCCCCAUGGGCUCCAGUCAGAGCUGGGCGGGGAAGCUGGACCCAAGGACAGAAGAGAAAUGAUCUAGUCUCCAGCCAGAGUGAGUGCCCAAGAGUUCCAGAGAACAGCAGGCGGGAGACGGGGAGCCACGGAGCCCGAGAGGCUGUCACCCCACUUCCGGGUGGAGCGUGGGGGCUUCUGAGCAAUCAGUACCCCAGCAGCCUCCCUGCUCCAUCUUCCUGCUGUCCGGCUUCGGCAGGCAGGGUGAGGGAUCUCCAAGGCUCCCACCCCAGAGCCCACCUGGGUCCCGUGGUGAAGAUGCACCAGCUGCCAGCCGCCAGCCCGCUCACAGGGCUGGAGGGGGUGGGUCUGCCCACCUGGGCCUGGGGUGGGGCCAGUCUUGUGUGUGGCCCCUCCCCCCACACCUGUCUGUCACGCGAAUCACAACCUCAAAGUACAUUAAAGGACGCUGGAUCCAG